AUGACAUAUUGCGUAUCACAACACACUGCGCAUUGAAUUCCACACUCGCACGCCAAAGUCCACACGUACACAUGUAAAUUUAACCAUGUUCGGGAGGCAGGAAGUGUAAAUUAAAUAUACGCUUCCUCCAAUCACGGGGGUGAAAAUAAAUGAUUAAAAAUUCGGAGGUUUCAAUUUUUCCAACGAGUGUUUAUACAUAAAGCUCUCUUCUUCCUUCAGCAAGAGUGAUUGUAUUCGAAAGAAAGGCGGCGAAUAUCACAAAAGUGAAACACAAAAAAAGAAGGAAAAAAAAAAUCUUCAAAAUAUUCUACUUUAACAUCGCCAAGAGCAUAUAAGCUAAUGACAGAAAAUACAUCAGUUAGGAGAAGGUAUGAAAAGAGCUUCACAGAACGGCCAGGCUUCACUGAAGAUGAAAUUGAGGAAAUAAGGGAAGCGUUUAAUUUGUUAGAUACCGAUGGGACAGGCACCAUCGACCCGAAGGAAAUAAAGUGCGCCAUGCAGAGUCUAGGGUUAGACGUUAAGAACCCAAUGAUAUUCAGGAUGAUAGCCGACCUGGAGAAAGACGGAUACUCCUCCAUUGACUUUGAGGAGUUUAUGGAGGUCAUAACGUCCAAGCUGGGAAAUAAAGACACGCGGGAAGGCAUCCAAAGAAUUUUCAACCUCUUCGAUGAUGACAAAACGGGGGCAAUAUCACUGAAGAAUUUAAAAAGAGUUGCAAAGGAGUUAGGGGAAACGUUAACUGAUGAGGAAUUGCGGGAUAUGAUUGAUCGUGCAGAUUCCAAGGGCGAAGGGGAAAUUUCCUUCGAAGAUUUUUACACCAUAAUGACGAAGAAGAGCUUUUUGUGAUGAACCCCUGGGGGGAAGACGUCGUCUAUCAGGUGUGCAUAUCCAUUUUUACGAUGGGAACAUUUCCUAACGGC